AUCCGAAGAGAUAGGGACGGGGGUAAGCGACGCCGAGAAUUGAUCGAUGUCUACUCCUGUCUGUUUUCAGUCAGGGACAGAUAAAGACGUGUGAUGAGAUGAGAGGCGGAGGAAGAAUUUGUGGCAAGGCAACAUGAAACGAAGGCUUAGGAGAAGGAAGCAGCAGUUUGGAAAUGAAACUCGGCCCCCAGGUGUGUGAGUCGGAAACAAUCAGUGGGCGGGUGUUUUCCCUCUCCCAUAAGUGACAGCGCACAGUGCAACUAGGAAGUGGAGACACGGGAGGAACGUAAACGGGCGUGUGAUUUAGCCGAGGUCCGGUCCUCUGUGUACCAACUGCCAACAUGCAGUUCUGGGAUUUCCUGGGCUGCACCAAUGGAGAUAUUUCCAGGAUAUCAUACUACACUGAAUAUGACGGCCAGUUAGCCCCAGGAGGAGCAUUUGAGUCAGGCAUGGCGUCGUCUUCCUACCUGGAACCCAACCUCAAUCACUCCGCAGCGGGUGGUUGUGGGGUUAAAUCCAGGACCGGGAUGCCUGGUGUUCCCGGCAUUGGUACCAGCAGCCCCGCUGGGGGCCUUGAGCGGCCCCCGGGCUCCAUGGACCGCGUUCUCAAGAUCUUCCAUUACUUUGAGACAAAUAGUGAACCAUGUACCUGGGCUAGUAAUAUCAGGCACGGAGAUGCCACGGAUGUCAGGGGCGUUAUCCAGAAGAUAGCAGAGAUCCACAAAUUGCGCUGUAUGUCCUCUCUGGGCCUCCGUCUAACCCAUCUGCACUCUGAUGCUCUCCAUUGGUUACACCCUGAUUUGGGCGUGUCUCACGUCAGGGAGAGAUAUGAGAAACAGCACCCCCAGGAGGAGUGGAGGUAUGAGUUGCGGAUACGGUACCUUCCUAAAGGUUACCUCAGCCAUUUCUCUGAAGACAAACCCUCUCUCAACUACCUCUAUCAUCAGGUAAAGAGUGAUUACAUGCAACAUAUAGCUGAUCAGGUGGAUCAAGAUGUUGCUUUGAAACUGGGAUGUUUAGAAAUUAGGAGGUUCUUCAGAGAGAUGCCAGGCAACGCCCUGGAUAAGAAAUCAAACUAUGAACUACUAGAGAAAGAUGUUGGUUUGAGAAGGUUCUUCCCUAAGAGCCUGCUGGACUCUCUCAAGGCAAAAACCCUUCGUAAGCAGAUCCAGCAGACCUUUAAGCAGUUUGCCAACUUCAACGAUGAGCAGAGCAUCCACAAGUUCUUUGAGAUACUCUCUCCAAUCUACCGCUUCGACAAGGAGUGCUUCAAAUGUGCUUUAGGGUCUAGUUGGGUAAUAUCCGUAGAGUUAGCCAUCGGACCAGAGGAAGGAAUCAGCUACCUCACAGAUAAGGGCUCAACGCCGACACACUUAGCUAACUUCAACCAGGUUCAGUCCAUCCAGUACUCCGCUUUGGAAGAGAAGGACAGGAAAGGCAUGCUGCAGCUCAAUGUAGCCGGAGCUCCAGAGCCUCUCACAGUCACCACGGCAUUGCUGACUACGGCAGAAAACAUGGCUGACCUGAUUGACGGAUACUGUCGGCUCGUCUCCUCAGCUCCUCACUCCUUUAUCGUCAGAGUCCACAAAGAUUUUCAUUUUGUCUCUGCAGAGGGGGACAGAGCUCUGCCUUCUAUACCCAAGGUUUCAAAUCAUGAGAAGCGGAUGGAAAAGCGAAUGGACGGAGUACGGACCAGAGCUGUUUGUGUCUCAGGUCACACUAGUGGCGAUGAAACGGACGACUAUGCUGAGAUCAUAGACGAGGAGGACACUUACACCAUGCCUUCAAAAUACUAUGGACUAGAUCAAGCACGGGACUAUGAGAUUCAGCGGGAUCGCAUUGAGUUGGGACGCUGCAUAGGUGAGGGUCAGUUUGGAGAUGUCCACCAAGGAGUCUACAUCAGCCCGGAGAACCCAGCUCUUUCUGUGGCCGUGAAAACGUGUAAGAACUCAACGUCAGACAGCGUCAGGGAAAAGUUUCUCCAAGAAGCAUUGACCAUGAGACAGUUUGACCAUCCUCACAUUGUGAAGCUGAUGGGAGUUAUCACAGAUAAUCCAGUCUGGAUCAUCAUGGAGCUCUGCACAUUCGGAGAGUUACGCUCAUUUCUCCAGGUGAGGAAGUACAGUUUGGACCUGGCCAGUCUCAUCCUGUACUCCUACCAGCUCAGCACAGCGCUGGCCUAUCUGGAGAGCAAACGCUUUGUACACAGGGACAUUGCAGCGCGGAACGUGUUGGUGUCCACAGUCGACUGUGUGAAACUGGGGGACUUUGGUCUGUCGCGAUACAUGGAAGAUAGCUCUUAUUACAAAGCAUCUAAAGGUAAACUGCCCAUUAAAUGGAUGGCUCCGGAAUCCAUCAACUUCAGACGGUUUACCACAGCCAGUGAUGUGUGGAUGUUUGGCGUCUGUAUGUGGGAGAUUCUAAUGUACGGCAUAAAGCCCUUCCAGGGUGUGAAGAACAACGACGUCAUUGGCAGGAUAGAGAAUGGCGAGCGACUGGCGAUGCCCCCUCAGUGCCCUCCUACUCUGUACAGCCUGAUGACAAAGUGCUGGUCUUAUGAUCCCAGCAAGAGGCCGCGCUUCAAUGAACUCAAAACACAACUGAGCACUAUAUUAGAGGAGGAGAAGCUCCAGCAGAAGGAGAGGAGCAGGAUGGAGAUGAGGAGACAAGUUACUGUUUCUUGGGACUCGGGAGGGUCUGAUGAAGCACCACCAAAGCCCAGCCUUCGUCCCUCCCUGCAGCCGACCUUCAGUCUGGAUUCUCUUUCCGUUCCUUCUCCUCACCACGAUUGCCAUCAAAACCAGCGCUUUGCCUCCCAGCUUUCCCUUUGCCCUGGGAACCCUCAUCCAUCAUCUCCCUGCACCUCCUCUCACCCACCCGCUCCUCCUCUCUACCUCUCAUCUCCGCCAUAUCCCCAUCACUUUUCCUCUUCUCCCAGUCGUCAGCCUCUAUCACCUCCUCUUCAAAACACCACUUACUACAAUCGCUCUUUCUCUCCACACCACACUAGGUUGAAUCCCGAACCCAAAUCUUGUCCAAGCUUGUCCCUACAGUGCCAAACAAACCUCUGUUCCCCACCUCACACAAAUUCAGACAGCAUGUCCAAUGGCAGCUGCAACUACAAGAUAAAUCCCUCUACUAACAGCCACCUGCUCUGUUCUUCUCAGCCAGCGUCAAACAACUCCCACUCCCAUCCCAGGAACUUCUCUCCACUCCUUUCCCUAUCCAGUCCUAACCUUAACUCUCUGCCCAGCAGGAUGCCAAAUGUUUGUCCCCUCACCCUCCAAAACAUCCAGCCCAAGUCGAAUUCUGAUCUUAAAACCCCGCUGUUGUCCAUCUUUCACCCUGGCUGCCAAACUAAUCCGACUACCCCCCUCCAACCUGACUCUGACCCCCAGACCCAACACCCUGGGGUGCAGUCAUGUGGGAGGCCCCCACUGGUCUCUGCUGCUCCCCUCACUCCCUAUACUCUGUCCUCCACUUACCCUCGUACACCCAGUAGAAUACCAAGCGCCCCUGUAAGAACCCACUCGCCAUUUUCCAUCCUAUGCUCUGAGAGACCCAUGUUCAUACCCUUGAAGCCGAGUAGACCAGGCUAUCCCAGUCCUCGCUCAAGUGAAGGUUUUUACCCCAGUCCCCAGCAUCCUGGACACUACCAGAUGGCAGGGUACCCCGGCCCUCACACACUUCCCUCUGUGCCCAGCGCCCUGUACCCCCCGCAGGCAGCAAUGCUGGACACGCACCACGCGCACACACACCCUCGCCACCACGUCCACCACUCGCACGCACAACACCUUCCCCAGCCGCACGGACAGGACAUGGCUCUGUGGGGCUCUGCAAUGGAGCAGUGUGUAGGCCAGCAGUGCCUGUUAAUGGAGGAACAGCUGAUGAUACAACAGCAGCAGAUGGCAGAGGAUCAGAGGUGGCUGGAACAGGAGGAAAGGCUGCUGGUAACACACACGAAACCAGACUCCAGAACUUCCAGAGGGAGUCUGGACAGAGACGACGGUGGACUCCAACCUCCGACGGGAAACCAGCACAUUUACCAGCCCGUUGGCAAAGCAGAGCAUGCCGCUCCCCCAAAGAAACCCCCUCGACCUGGGGCCCAGAGCCAAGUGGGCAGCAUGGCCUGUCUAAAUACUGGAGACAGUUACAACGACGGAGUCAAGCCCUGGCGGCUGCAGCCGCAGGAGAUAAGCCCGCCCCCCACCGCCAACCUGGACCGCUCGAAUGACAAGGUGUACGAGAACGUGACGGGACUGGUCAAAGCCGUGAUCGAGAUGUCGAGCAAGAUUCAGCCAGCUCCCCCUGAGGAGUAUGUUCCCAUGGUCAAGGAUGUGGGUCUGGCAUUGAGGACGUUAUUGGCCACAGUGGAUGAGACAUUACCACAACUUCCAGCCAGUACACACAGAGAGAUUGAAAUGGCGCAAAAACUGUUGAACUCUGACCUGGCAGAACUGAUUGGGAAGAUGAAGUUAGCCCAGCAGUAUGUGAUGACCAGUCUCCAGCAGGACUAUAAGAAACAGAUGUUGACGGCUGCUCACGCUCUCGCAGUCGAUGCGAAGAACCUGCUGGACGUCAUCGACCAAUCCCGGCUCAAGAUGAUGGCCCACUCCCGUCCACACUAGCCAGCUGAGCCGAAACCAACAGGAGCUGGUCUGCUGUUUGAGAGACAGACGUCGUCACGGUUUCUGUUCAAAGACUCCUGGAUUAGUCACGUCGGUCAUGUGAGAGUUGACGGAGAAGACGGUGGCUCUGUUCCAUGUUACAUGUUGUAAACCGAGGUAGUCCGUUCAUCUGGGAUUAAACUCUCCACCACUGUGACUUUCUUAGUUCAAGAACCGAGCAAAAACUCGUCCUGAAUCAGGGACUUGGCAGCUUCACUCUCUUUGGAAAGGAGUAUAAUGGUGAGAGGAAGAGAGGGAUAUACUGGUGAUCUUUAAACUGAGCCUGAUUCCUGACAGAAACACCAUCGUGGGCAACUGGAUCUGGAUUUGUUGAUAUCAGAUAGAUUUUGUCUUUGUGGAAUACAACUUUAGAGCAGCAUAUCCGCAUGAAACUUCAAGGUGGGAAUGGACUUCAGCCAGCAGCCAUGUUGACGUCAUGUGUUUUGACCCCUGGAUGUGAUGUGAGCUUCCUCCUCAGUUGAAAUACCUCCACAUCACCACGGACACUCGUCAGCGGGAAGAUCCAACCAGAGGGUUUUUCCUGUUCAGCUUUGGUCCGUGCACGGUGCUUUUCGGUGGAUGCGCCACCAAGAGAACUCGCAGUGAAGAUGGUCUCGGUUUGGGUCGCUCCUCCCUUCUCUCUCUCCACCAUCCGAUCCCGUCUUCCCUCUGUCUCGCCAGCGUUUAUUUAUAGACUCGGAAAAUUGCUGAGGAGGAGACAGAGGGAGAGGCAGGAAGAGCGGAUUAAAACUUGAGGACAGCGCUGCACCAGUCUCCUCCCUGAAGAGAGAAGAGAUACUAUCCUCCUCUUUACUCUGCAUUUCAUACACUUUUCAUCCUCACUGCUCCUCUCCCCCCCUGCAGUCUUCCUCAGCUCCCAUCAGAGCAGGUUUUAAAGACUCUAAAUGUGAAGAAUCAAUCUCACUUCUCGCACUCAGUGUAGUCUACAUCUUUUUCUCUGCUGGCUCCAUUUUUUGUUUUGUUGUUGUUUUCAGCAGUCACACUCUUCUUCCUCGAUACUGUAAACUGUUUGUAACUUGGAACACAAGCAGGUAUUUAAUCCCAGCAUUGACUCUGCAUGAGCAAGAAAAAAAAUGGAAAGAAGAAAACAAUAAGUGGAUUUUCAGGAUUCAGUCUGAUACUUUCUGUUCAUCUGAGUGGUUGACCAGUCUGAGACGUGGUGUUUCACACCGGUCAAUAACAAAAUCAAUGUCCUGAGGACAGUGUGUCUGUUUUUCUCCUUACCCUCAGUCCCAGUAUCGUUCAGAUGUCUCUCAUCCGAGGCCGGUGUCACACCUUCAACAGCCACUUACCCGCCGGUGUCACAAAGUGAAUUUUCUUGGGGGGGACGCAAACAAACCUCACAACUGGAACCUUAGUGCUUUGCAAUCACUAGUAUCCAUCGGGUGUAACACUUUAAAAAUGUCCCCAGGGAUUUAAACACACAUGAAGCCACAUAACUGGAACUUGUCUCGCAGACACAAAACACUGAACUGAAAAUACAGCAGAUCACACGUCUCUGUUAAUACCGACCCCACACGGAAUAUGACAUUCUGCUAUAUGAAACAUACUGGUGACUGUACUAGUAUAGCAUGGUAUACUGGUAUGGAGAAGAGCAUAUUUGCACAACAAACAGCAUUUUUUUUUAUUAUUAUCCUACUUUACACCCGGAUUUGAUUUCCAUGUCUAGCCAGCAAUGACACUAUCAAAUAUCUGGGGUGUAAUAGGGUUGAAAAAUGUAAAAACAAACAAAACCCCCACAAUCUAUUUUAUGUUGUUGCGUAUAUUUGCUCAUGUUGGUAUAUUGUAAGCUAUACUGGCGCGUGUCACUGGUGAAUUGUACAGAACUCGUACUAGUAAACACUGGUUUUUAUUUUGUCUGCUGGUCUAAAUCAGCUGCCUUGUCAAAUAAGAGGAAAAAAACAACGAAAUAAAAUAAUGACGAAAUGAAACUCA